GAAGAUGAUAUAAAUAACACCAAUGAUGAUGAAGAACUGUUAAAGAAACAAUUGACUUGGUACGAGAGAAUUGGUGUAGACAGCUGUCUACUAAGUCGUAUCAUUAUCUUUGUAGUGAUAUUCACAUGGAUUGUUCUUACAAUGUAUGCUGCAUUUAGUGCU